AUGUUUCUUGCAAAGGCUCUAUUGGAAGGAGCAAAUCAAGGUCUUGGACAAGCCCUUGGAGGCCUUCUUGGAGGAGGCGAUCAGAGAAGAGGAGGAGGGAAUAUUGGAGGGAUAGUUGGAGGAAUUGUGAAUUUUAUCAGUGAAGCUGCGGCUGCUCAGUAUACCCCAGAACCACCACCUACUCAGCAACAUUUCACCAACGUGGAGGCCAAUGAAAGUGAGGAGGUUAGGCGUUUUCGGCAACAGUUUGUUCAGCUGGCUGGACCAGACAUGGAGGUGGGUGCCACUGACCUAAUGAAUAUUCUCAACAAAGUCCUUUCUAAGCACAAGGAUCUGAAGUCUGACGGCUUUAGUCUUGACACCUGCCGGAGCAUUGUAUCUGUCAUGGACAGUGACACGACUGGGAAGCUGGGCUUUGAAGAAUUUAAGUAUCUCUGGAACAACAUCAAGAAAUGGCAGUGUGUUUACAAGCAGUAUGACAGGGACCAAUCUGGAUUUUUGGGAAGUUCUCAGCUUCGAGGGGCUCUGCAGGUAGCAGGCUUCCAGCUAAAUGAACAACUUUACCAAAUGAUUGUCCGCCGAUACACCGAAGAGGAUGGAAGUAUGGACUUUAACAACUUCAUCAGCUGCCUGGUUCGCCUGGAUGCCAUGUUCCGUGCCUUCAAAUCCCUGGAUAGAGAUGCAGAUGGCCUGAUUCAGGUUUCUAUCCAAGAGUGGCUGCAGCUGACCAUGUAUUCCUGA